AAGGCUAGCCGUGGCUAACGUCAGCCAUGGUCCCUUUCCUCCUCCUCCACCGCCUUCUUUCUAAAAUAACCAGCGGUUCAGAAUGACUCGGCUAGUUCGCAGCGGACGGCAGCAUGGGGACCGUUUGGAUUUCACACGCUAGCUGGAGUCGCAGUGGUGCAGCGAGGCGAGUGAGGGGCUUGCGACACUGAUGCCAGGUGCAGGCUGCAGCUGAGAGCUCUCAGGAUGAGUGGGGCUGGAGAGCACACUGACAUCCUGUCAGUGGCAGACGUGGUCAGGGACAGAUGGAAAGUGGCAAGGAAGAUAGGCGGCGGGGGCUUCGGGGAGAUCUACGAGGUGCUGGAUCAGUUGAGUCAGGCCACUGUUGCUCUGAAAGUCGAGUCUGCUCAGCAGCCCAAACAGGUCCUGAAGAUGGAGGUGGCCGUGCUGAAAAAGCUGCAAGGCAAAGAUCACGUGUGUCGCUUUGUGGGCUGCGGCAGGAACGAUCGCUUCAACUACGUGGUGAUGGAGCUACAGGGGAGGAACCUGGCAGACCUGCGCAGGACGAUGACUCGUGGCACGUUUUCCGUAUCCACAACUCUGAGACUCGGCAAGCAGAUUUUAGAGGCCAUUGAAAGCAUCCAUUCUGUCGGCUUCCUGCACCGCGAUAUCAAACCAUCAAAUUUUGCAAUGGGACGAUUAGCCAGCACCUGCAGAUGCUGCUACAUGCUUGAUUUUGGUCUGGCCCGUCAGUUCACCAACUCCAGCCAGGAAGUCCGUCCACCUCGUCCUGUUGCAGGUUUCAGAGGAACUGUGCGAUAUGCUUCAAUCAAUGCUCACAAGAAUAAGGAAAUGGGUCGUCACGAUGACUUGUGGUCCCUCUUCUACAUGCUGGUUGAAUUUACCGUUGGCCAGCUUCCCUGGAGGAAGAUUAAAGACAAAGAGCAAGUUGGGAAUCUAAAAGAGACGUACGACCACCGACUCAUGCUGAAACACCUUCCCUCAGAGUUCAGUACUUUCCUGGAUCACAUCAUGACCCUGGACUACUUCACCAAGCCUGACUAUCAGCUCCUGAUGUCAGUGUUUGAGAACGCCAUGAAGAGCCACAAUGUGCUGGAGAAUGACCCUUAUGACUGGGAGAAAUGUGACUCUGAGGAAGUGCUGACAAUCACUGCCGCAGCCACCACUGCACAGCAACUCACUCGCCUCACCCCAGCGUACUUAGGCAUGGCCAACGCUUCAGUGCUGCCGGGCGAGCUGCAGAGGGAGAACACGGAGGACGUCCUGCAAGGGGAGCGCCUCAGCGACGCCGACAACUGCCCCCCGAUACCCACGCCGACCACCCCCGGCGGCGACGUCUGGGAAGAGAUGGACCGCAACCGAAACCAUAAACACGCCCCGCCAACAAUCAGGAAGGUGAUGAGUGAGGAUGAACACAGUCAGAACCAGGGGAACCAGAGUCCAAACACAGGCUCCAUGCAAAGCUCCCCUCGGCGUGUGCGAUCAGAGACCAUGUUCCUGGACCGGGCUGCGCCGCUGCUCCGGAGGAUGAGGCACAGUCAGAGCUUGGCCUUUGAAAAGAGGCUCGCGCCAGAACCCAAGCCCACCAUCGAGCGCUUCCUGGAGGCCUACUUAGGCAAGCGUCCUGUCCUUUCUCAAGUCGGAGAGAAGUCCAUUCCUGAAAAAGGAUCUGGGCAGCAGACGCCGUCCUGCAAUGAGGAGCACUCCGGCACGGCGACCCCUGACCCAGAGGAGGGCGCAGCGAGCAGCGGCUACGUCGCCGUGAACUUCAGCCCCGUGCCUCAGGAGGGGGACUCCCAGGAGUGGGUGAUGCUGGAGCUGGAGCAAGGCAGCGGCUCCGGAGGGAGCAAGCCUCCGGCGGACGCCCUGCAGGACGACAAGGGCGCCGGCCGCGUCGCGCCUGAAACCGAGAACCAGUCGUCCGAGCCGCAGGACGGCCAGUCCACCGCGGUGCCCUCCAGCCCCGUCCUGUCGCAGAUGGCCAUGCCCGGCACGUGGCUGCUGGGCCACAGGCGGCUGCCGGGGAUGCUGGGACAAAUGCCCUCCGUCAUCAUGGGAAGGCCUCAGAUGGAGCAGUCCUCCAGCUGCGCCCCGCAGUCUCCUGUGCAGGAGAAGAGCGAUGCCAUUCCACUGGAGGCACCGUCUGGAAAAUCUGAGGGUCUUGAAGAGGAAGUCGUAAAGGAUGGGGAGAAGCUGGAUGCAGCGCCAGCGCCCAGUCAGGCCAAAGGCCCUGCAGCCCAUCUGACCGCCGACGUAGACCCAGAGAGCGAUUCCGGCCUGCCCGAUCGGUCCUCAGAGCCCCAUCAGCAGCCUCAGGCCGACCUGGGAGGGGGCGCCGUGGAGAGCACCGUCACCGUCUCCUCCUCUCCACCUCCGGCUCUGCUCAGACGGAGAGACUCUCCCUCGUCCCCCAGACUGAGCCGGAUCCCCGUCCGAGACCCCAGCAACCCCCUGGACUCUCCGAGCAGGGACCUCAACAUGGAGAGACGUCACCGCUGGAGCAGUCCGGUCCCCGGGUCGCCCACCCACUCGCCCUCUCCGUCCCUCUCCUGCGACAACCUGCCCUGCGCUCUGCCGAGGGACAGGCUGCCCUCCGAGCGAGGCUCCAGGUCCGACUGCGCAGGAGAAGACCCCCUGUCCCUGUCCUCCUCGUCGGGCAGCAAAAGUAAGAUCCCACGUCCCGUGAGUGCCACCUUCGUGCCGGAGCAGCUCACCAGCAGGUUCCUGCCCCGUCCACCGCCAGGGAAGCCUCCCAUCCGUCCAUGUGUGGACAGCAGACGCCGGCGGUUAAGGGUGCGCGCCAGCAGCACCAGUGACGCAGACUUUUUGGCCAGUCUGACCCAGCUGAUGCAGGACCGCAGCGGGAUGCUCUUCAGCCCUCCCCCCCGCCCCCGCAGCUCCUCCUCCUCCCUGCAGCGCUCGCUCAGCUCCUCCCCGUCCCGCCAGGAGCUCCGAGACGGCGCGGCCCUGCAAGGCCGCAGCCGCUCCCCGUCCAGCUUCUCCAGCUCUCCGCCCCCCCGCCACGCUCAGCCGCAAGACAGACCCGGCGGGCAGCCGCAGUGGGGCCACAGCCUCAGAGGCAGGGGUCCGAAUUACGAGGGGAGAGGCUCUGGCAAAGUGACUCGAUGAUUUUCACACUAUUGAGACGAUCCGGAUUGUGCAACUGUAGCGAGAGGCUGCGUCACACCAGUCCCUGAUAGCAUGUGUAAAUACGGUAUUUACUCAAGGGAAUGUACUGUAUGUAAAGUAAAAUGUAUGAUAAAUUGUAUUUAUUUAUUUAUUCAUAUGUCGGAUGCGUCUCCGAAGACGUGACAUCGUGGCUUGAUACCUGCAGUUGAGACGAUUGCUGAGAAAACCUUGAGAUUGCCAACUUUUACCUCCCAUUUCACUGUUAACACUCCAUGUAGGCCUACUAUCAGACCAAAAAGAUCAUGUUUAAUACUUGAGGGAUGUAAAAAUAACAACUGUAGAUAUAUAUGUAUAUACCAUGAGGAAGAAUGGUAUACAGUAAUAGAAACUAUGUAUUCACAUAAAGAACACUAUAAUAGUACAUAACACGACAAGCAGCAUACCAGCAUCAGCGUUCCUGGACAGAACCGGGGCAUGCGGCCCUCUGUUGACCUCACCUCUGUAAAACUGCUAGAUUAAUGAUCGGGUGCAACAAUGACCCAUUUCUGCAUAUCACGUUGUAGUAGUGCGCUUUUACGUUGCUAGAGAAUAUUGGUCAUGCAAAAAAGAAUCGGCAUAUUAGAAUGUACAUGUAAAGUGCACUCAUACUUAAGUAUUGUUAAAGUGCAUGAGUAUCAUGGCAAAUCUUUUGUUUUUGUUUUAUUUAUUUGUACAAUGGGCUAAAGCAUCUGUAUUUUUAUCGAACUGCUUCUGAUCAAAUACAUCAUGAUAUGAGUCAACAA